AAUGUUGAUAAACAGUUCUCGUUUAUCAAUUUCUUCAACGGGACGAUGUCUUUUGGCAUCUGCCAUGUCACAAAUGGACGAAGUAUUCGGAGUACAGAAGAGACAAAUGGGACGACGGCAACCAAAGCAGGGAAAACCACCAAUUUUGCCUCCAUCGAAGAAAGUUCUCUACCACGUUGUGCAUGCUCCAUGGCAGAAACCAGAAGAUGUCGAGGAGCUCCUCUGGCGUCGUCAUGCAUACAACAAUGCAGUUAUUUCACUUCGAGAAGUAUUCCGUGCAGAACUUGCUCAAAAUGCAUCUCAUGGUCAGGGUAUCGAAGCAAUGAAAGAAGCAGAAGCACUUGAAUUAGACGAAUUAAUUGCUCAAAAUGAGAAGCGGAAUGAAGAAAAACGGGCGGCACGUAAAGAACGAGAAGCCGAAGAUGCGAAGGAAACAAAAUCUGUAAUUUUGGAAGAAAUUCGAGUUGAAUUGGAGAAAAGAAAUGCAGGCAAAAAGCAGGCAGAAGAUGAAGUUAAAAAUGCAAUUUCUCGUUCAAGUGAAUUCAUUACUCGUUCAAAUCUUGAAACUAAAAUUCUCGAAGCACUCGAAAAGCCAACAAUUUACGAUUUUGCAAUUGAUCGGGCUGGGAACAAGUAUUUCGUACCUGAACCAGUUAAAUAUCAAGAAGGAACACCAACUCGACAAAAAGGACGAUUGUAUGAUCAGACAUUGGGUACACAACAUGGAACUAUCGAAGAAGCUAAUAAGAUACAACAGAAAAGUGUUUAGAGGACAUGAUAUUUGCCAUUUCCCCAACUGGUCAUCAUCAUUCUUCCCAAAAGGGACAACAUUGUAGUCUACACACAUUUCUUCCUAAUUCGGAUGAUAACACUAUAAGAUAACUGUUCUCUGUCUCCGUCUCUUGUUCUCUCUUUCUCAUUAUUUUUUUUUGUAUUCUAUUUCCCUUUUUGAGUUUAUACAAAUUAUAUCAAUUUUUGUUUUCUUUUUCUCUGUUUCAAAUUCCAGUUUUCUAGACAUUUUCCCUUUAGAUAGACUUUUGCUGUUAUAAGUUUUUGAUUUUUUUCAUAAAUCUACAAUCGUUUC